CUAUCCAUCUAUCUAUCCACCCAUCUAUCCUUCUAUCUAUCUAGUUGUAUCCGCAAAUGUGAUGUGGUCCCCAUCCACUUUAGCUGCACUGUGCAGAUAAUUCUGGUUCAAUUCCUGAUCUUCCUUUUUCUUUCUUUUUAUGGGCAAAUAUUUGCCUAAGGAAGGAUUUUCUCAACCUUGGCAAUUUUAAGCCCUGUGGAAUUCUGGGAGUUGAAGUCCACACAGCUUAAGGUUGCUAAAGUUGGGAAACACUAGUCUAAAGUCUAAAGUGAUUGUUUGCUUAACUGGAAAACCCGGAUGGGUGGACUUCAACAUCCGGGAUCUUCUGCAAUGCCCAAGGAAUUCUGAGAGUCACAGUCCACAGAGCUUAAGGUCCUUGGAAAUCCAGACGAUGGCCCAGUUUAAGCAGUUGGGGACAAUUUUUAUAGAAACUCUGAUCCUUUGAAAGAAGAACGCUUGAUCUGUUCCAUUUCCAGCCAUGUCGGAACCCAUAACGCUGAACGUUGGCGGGAAAUUAUACACGACCUCCCUCUCCACUUUGACCAGCUUCCCAGACUCAAUGCUGGGCGCCAUGUUCAGCGGGAAGAUGCCCACCAAAAGAGACAACCACGGCCACUGCUUCAUUGACCGAGACGGCAAAGUUUUCCGCUACAUCCUCAACUUCUUGAGAACUUCUCACCUGGACCUCCCCGAGGACUUCCAAGAAAUGGGCCUGCUUCGGCGAGAAGCAGACUUUUACCAGGUCCAGCCACUCAUCGAGGCUCUACUGGAGAAGGAGGUGGAGCUCUCAAAAGCCGAGAAGAAUGCCAUGCUCAACAUCACUUUGGAUCAGAGGACCCAAACAGUUCAUUUCACCGUCCGGGAAGCUCCUCAGAUCUACAGCUUGUCCUCUUCCAACAUGGAAGUCUUCAGCGCGCACAUCUUCAGCACGUCCAGUCUGUUCCUCAAACUCCUGGGCUCCAAACUCUACUACUCUUUCAACGGCAACUUGGCCUCCAUCUCUACUUAUUUAGAAGACCCCUACCACGUCACUUUGGAUUGGGUGGCCAGCGUGGAAGGUCUACCCGAAGAGGAAUACACACGGCAGAACUUGAAGAGGUUGUGGGUCCUGCCCACCAAGAAACAAAUUAACAGCUUCCAGGUCUUUGUGGAGGAAGUCCUAAAAAUUGCCAUGAGCGACGGGUUUUGCGUGGACGCCACUCACCCGCACACAACAGAUUUCAUGAAUAAUAAGAUUAUUCGGCUGAUUCGCUACAAAUAGACAGACACAAGAAGACGGUUUCCCAGCAACCAUGCGACGUCGCGUCGCGUCACAACCUUACAGCCUGGAGCUGACUUGGCAAACCAUGGUCUAAUCCAAACCUUGGUUCUAACUGGAGAAGGCCUAGUUUUUGUUUUUUGUGUUUUUACUAAAAAGACUAACCCAGAUUUGCUAAAACUAGAGACGGGAACGCGAUGGAUUUUUAUGUGGGAAUUACGUAGGGGUCUUGCUCCGUAGAGGGCUGCUCAGUGGCUAAGACGCUGAGCUUGUCGAUCAGAAAGGUCGACAGUUUGGCGGUUCAAAUCCCUAGCACCACCUA